AUGGUCGUUGGGCGAGCAAGGUCGGUUAGCGCCGCAGCCCGGACAGAAUCCCGCAGUCAGCAAAGGCGCAAGCAGCGAGGUUGCUUCAUUCCACAACCUGACCCGGGGGCCGCGAACAUGGAUCACAGUUCGGCGGGGAUGACACCGCCACCGACGGCCCGGCCGAGGGGACCCGCAGACACUUCCGGAGCGCAGGACGACGAUGCCACUACAGUCUCCUCCGUCGGGGACCACGCGGCGCUCGCAGAGCAGGCGGCCACUCAGGUGUCGGAUGACCACGCCUCGCCAUAUUCCUUCUUGCGUAUGCACACCGUGCUCUCCCAUAGCAUCGUAGACUUGCGCAACAGUAUUCAGCGAAACCAACGAUCGUUACGCGUCCUCCAGGAAGUUCGGGCAGCGAUGGCAUCGACCCUGGGGAGCGGUCCCCACGACAUGUCACAAGCUCGUCACGCCCUGGGGGACGAAGUGGAAUUCUUGACAGCGACGUUGUCUGAAGUGAACGCCGAAGUCCUGGACCUCCGGACGGCCCUGGAUUCGAGUCGGCGCGGGCCUUGGAUACGGCACACGCAGAACGGGAUGGGACCCACGACUUGCUACAAGAGGCUCAAGAGUCGCUCCGAUCCUUGGAGCAAGGGCAACACAACCUCCGGGAGCAGAGUGACCAAGCCCAG